AUGAAGACUGCAUUUAAAAUUAAAUCAGGUGUUUUUCUUUACAGAAAGAUACAUGAAUCUGGUCAAGAGAAGAAACCACCAUUUAUUUACUGGAAAAUGGUGCCACAAGUAGAUAAGUCAGAUAACGCAGCUGAUCCUGUCACAGACAUCGGUAGUAACAGACACGGUUGGGAUAGACCAGAAGAUAAUGACUUGGUCACGAACAUUAACAAUUACAAGGAAACAUGCCUUGAGAAAGAGCAACAUAGCAUAUCUGAUACAGAGAUCAGAUGCAGUAAUAGCAAUGGCAUGGAAGAAGAGAAAGAUAAAGGUCGCAAGAUUGCACAAAAUAGUUCACUAAAUAAGAAAGAAGCUCAUGUUAAGAAUGAAGAAGAUACUGGCGAGGAUGAAACUGAAGACUUGGAAAAUGAUGAUGAUGAUGACGAUAAUGACGGUGACACAGAGUGUGAAGUAGAAGCUGAUGAAGAAAAUAGUACAGACGAUGAGGAUGAUAAUAGUAAAGAUGAAGACUAUCCAAAUGAGCAUGAUCCUGAACCAAACGAUUCUGAUGAGGACAUUGAUGUAAAGAAAGGCAGUAAGAGGGGAAGAUUACGAAAAUCAAAUCACAACAUUAAAUGUGACAAAUGUGAUGAUGAAUUUAAUUCAAGAAAGGAUUAUGUGGUUCACUGCAAAGAUAUUCACCAGUCAUUACCAGGGAAAGUCUAUCACUGUGAGAUCUGUGGGAAGGCUUUUGCAACGCACAACAGUUGGAAAGAACAUUGUGCUUGUGUUCACAGUGAUGAAAGGCACUUUGCCUGCACUCUAUGCAAUGCAACUUUUAAGAGAAAAAGAGAUGUGAGGACUCAUUAUGCACGGAAGCAUGAAGGGCGUAUUAAACGUCCACUAUGUUCUGUUUGUGGGAAAAUUCUGAGCUCACGAACAGCACUGGUAUUUCACAUGCGGACACACACUGGAGAGAAGCCUUAUGAAUGCUCCAUUUGCCAUUCUCGAUUUGCCCAACCAUCACAGCUGAAAAUACACACAAGGUCACACACUGGAGAGAGACCUUAUAUUUGUGAGGACUGUGGAGCCUGUUUCACCGAUAAGGCUAAAUUAAAUGGUCAUAAGAGAACACACACAGGGGAGCGCCUUUUCGGAUGUGAUGUAUGUGGGAAACAUUUUGCCACUAAUGAGUACUUGAAAUGUCACAAGCGUUGUCACCUGGGUGCCAAACCUUAUAAAUGUGAUGUUUGUGGGAAAACCUUUGGGCUGAGAGCCUCCUUGGCCCAGCACAGCAAUAUACAUGCAGAAACACGUCCAUAUUUUUGUGAACAGUGUGGAAAGGCUUUUACCCAGCAAGGAGCACUUCGACGUCACCAACGAAUUCACACAGGGGAGAAGCCUUAUAAAUGCAAGGCUUGUGAACGAACUUUCACAGACAUGUCCACUUUGAGAAGACACGUUUCUGUUCAUGACCGAAGUGCUCACUGGCGAUCAUACUUGAUUGAUCUUACCUCAAAGAAAGAUCAUAAUUGGUCAAAAAUUGAAACUUUAGCAGACGUUUGCCUUUCUGAUGACCCUGUACCUGUGAGCUGGAUGAAUAUUCGGACUGAACAAUCAGUGGAAGGAAUACAACCUGGUCAUUGACCAAUGUUACUAAAACAGAUGAACAUAACACAGUAUGUAUUUACAAUGAAAAAUAGGUAUAUUUUUGUUUAUAAUGCACCGUGUAGUAAUAGUUCAAUCAUACAUACCACAUUCACAGCUUCAGUUUGUCAAAUGUACAGUAAUCACCUAGAUUUUCAUUUCUCAGGGCUUUUAUUGUGCAUCUGUUGAAUUGUCCGAGUUUAGUCCAGUGAUACAAACCUGAAAUAUCUAAGUGUUUCAUUUUGAUUUGGUGGUAGUGAAGUAUGGGUAAUCAUUGUCAGACACAUGAUUUAUUUCCUACAGUUACAGUCAAUAUUUAGUACUUUGCUUUUGGAGAUCAGCAUAUCAACAUCUUGUAUUACAGAAAUUAAUUGUUUUCAUCAAUACCAUCGUUUUCUUCUUUAUAUUAACUUUAAAAUUCUAAAAUUAAGAAUUCUAUAUGUCAAAAAAGCAGUUUGCUUCAUUGACACAAUAAACAAAAAUACACCUACAGUUUAAAUCUUACACAGUUGAAUUGUUUUAAUCACUUCAGUGGCAAAAUUCCAAAAUGUAACUCUACACUUGUUUGACAUCUUAUAAAUAAUCUCAUCUGAUGUGUAUUUGAAAAUAUAUUUUUAUUUCUUGUAAUACUAGAGACUUGUAAUUAUUAAACAUUUUCUGUGAAGAUGGCUAUUUGCAUCACAGCUUGUAUCCCUAAAUUAAUUUAAAAUAUAUUUUAUGUAUUUAAAUGCAAUGGUGUAACUCCUCAAAUAUUUAAUAAUUCUGAACUCCGGAAGUUCAGAAUAAUUUGAUUAAUGACAUAAAUUGCCAAGGAAUAUUGCUAUGCCUUGCUAUAGUUAGAAUCAGACGUGUAGUGUGGUAUUAUGGUAGGUGAAUGGUUUGUAAGUAGAGAAGCAAAAUGCCAAAAAGAAACAUUGUAAUUUGAUCAAAAUAGGUCUUCACAAGGUAUCCAACUUUGUUACUUUUUGUAGAUCUAGUGUUGAUCAAUUUUUCAAUGUUGUUAUACCGAAAUGUGAAGAUUGAAUGUUCUUUUCCUCCGCUGAUCAAAUCUACAGUUGCAUAUUUCGGAACAUACUACACCCCUGAUCAUAUGAGGACUGGCUGCAAUUUUCUAGUGUGCAAUGAGAACUCAUAGUAGUCAUGUAUUUACUCAGUACCUAAAGGGACUACAAUGUCUGGUUUGCCAAUAAUGUCAUAUCACUGCAUUAUAAAGUCCUGUAGUAAGGGUCACUACUAUAUGAUGUAAUGUUACUGAUCUUUUGUGUAUUGUGUUCUGUUUAUUUUCUUGUAUGGUCAUUUGGAGAGAACAUCUGCAGUGGUACAAAAUUACUUUUACAAGACUUCCAUUGUAAUUUAAGGAUGCGUUCAUUGAUUCUAAUGUGUUAAAUAUACCAUGAUGGUAUAUUUCAAUACAUUUGACUUUGAAUCGUUAAUAGGGAUGUCACAUUGAAAAUUUCAGUGCAAUAAUCAUUGCAAAACACAUAAUUGUUAAUCUAUUAAAGUAGCAGAAUGAAAUCAAGAAAUAUUAAACUGUGUUUUAAUUCAAACA